AUGAUGGUCAUCCCUCCCUCUCGUUCUUUAUUAGUACUUCGUUUCCUCUUCGUCCUCCAGUUCAACGGGGGUCGCUGCUGGCUCGGAGCUCCGAGUCUCUGUUUCCUGCCGCUUGCUGUCUUUGUCCCCUCAGAGACUCAGAGUGCAGAGAGGAGGAACAUGUCCGCCGUGCAGCUGCUAAGGGUGUCGGUACAUGAGCGGCUCAGCGCUGCCGCUGAAGACGUCCUGCUGCAGGUGGAGAAAGAAGGAGGAAAGGCCCGAGUCCCGGCGCUGAGAGCGAUGCUGACCGAGCGGCUCGCGUCGGCGGGGGAAGAGAUCCUCGUGGGGAUUGAGGAAACCUUGGCUGAGUACGAAGACAGAAUGGAGCAGUCAGAAAGGUCCAAGCGGGAGAUCCGCCGCCAGAGGAGGCUGCUCGAUGCCGUGAUGCAGCCCGAAGUCCGGCUGCACAGAGCAGUGUAUCCUGCAGGCAUCCAGCAACUGAUGGUGAAUAAAGAAGAGGAUCCCUCUGAGCAGCAGCAGUGGCGCCCCCUUGAGGACCCAGAGUCCCUCCACAUUAAAGAGGAACAGGAGGAACCGUGGACCAAUCAGGAUGGACUGCAGUUUCAAGGACUGGAGGAGGCUGAUAUCCAGUUCACAUUGACUCCUGCAGCUGUGAAGAGUGAAGAAGAUGACGAAAAACUCAAAUCUUCAAAGCUUCAUCCGAGUGAGACAAAGGAGAACAGAGCGGACUGUGGAGGACCAGAAUCAGCGAGGAACCCAGGUCCUGAUGGACGGUUACAACCAGGUCCUGAGGACAAGACUGAAGACUCUACUAUGACUGAAGACAGUAAGAAUGAUUGGAUGGAGACCAGGGAAACUCAGACUGGUUUAAAUACAAUAAAUAACAAACAGCCUCUAAGUGAUGUGGGAUUUAAGACAGAAAAAAAACUGUUUAUUUGCUCUAAGUGUGGUAACAGAUUUACCAGAAGGGGCGAUCUAAAUAGACAUAUGAUGCGUCAUACAGGAGAGAAACCAUUUAGUUGCUCUGAGUGUGGUAACAAAUUUAACGAUAGGAGCCAUCUAGAUAGACAUAUGAUGCGUCAUACAGGAGAGAAACCGUUUAGUUGCGUGGAGUGUGGUAAAAGAUUUACUGAAAGGAGCAGCCUAGAAACACAUAAAUGGAUACAUACUGGAGAGAAACCGUUUAGUUGCUCUGAGUGUUUUACAAGAUUUACUGAAAGGAGCAGUCUAAAUAGACAUAUGAGGAUUCAUACAGGAGUGAAACCGUUUAGUUGCUCUGAGUGUGGUAACAGAUUUAUCGGAAGGUGCAAUCUAAAUAUACAUAUGAGGGGUCAUACAGGGGUGAAACCGUUUAGUUGCUCUGAGUGUGGUAAAAGAUUUACUCAAAAGGGCAGUCUCAAUAAACAUAUGAGGAAUCAUACAGGAGAGAAACAGUUUAGUUGAUCUGAGUGUGGCAAAAGACGUGAGGAUUUAUAAAGGAGAGAAGUGAUUCAGUUGCAACCUGUGCAUCAAAAUAUUCAACUCAUUGAAUAACAUGAAACAUGUGUGUUUAUAUAGCUUGUUUCUACUGAUUUCUACAUAAUUUAUCUAUUUUUCAUAAAGGCCUUCAUGUCAUUUUAAGGUAACCUGUUGAGCAGCAUCAGCCUGCGGGCGUCCUCCAGGUGGGCAGUUUUACCGAUAAGCGUCAAACAUUACUAUUUACAGAACGCCGUUUUACUGCUAGGUACUGAAGCAACAUAUCUUUGGAAAGCUAAUAUUUUUCUGAUUUGACUGAUGUAAAGCAUUUCAAGAUCCGAUCACCAUAGCCAGUACAAUCAACGUCUCAGUCAGACCGGAAACAAAAUCAAAAGACUGACAAAGUCGACAUCACACACCUAAGAAGCAUCAUAUUAGUCCAAAGAUCGAUAACAAUACUACAAAAAUGUUCUUGGUGCAUUGCCAAAGGUCCAGACAAUCCAAUCCAGUAACAUCAUCAAUCAAAAACAAAUAGCCAACGAGACACCUCGUUGACGGAGAGAGCUUGCCACUCUUCUGAUGUGUAAAGACUGAUCCAAUCACAACCGAGUGUUCUGAUGACUGGCGUAUCGAUUAGCCAAUGAAAUUUCCAAUAGCAGAUGUGCUGCUUCACGGGAAAGUGUAAGGGGACACCAAGCAAGUCACUGUGUGAUAGUGUCCAGCUGGUCCCAGAGCAUCGUGCAUCCGUGUUUCGUCCCCGGUCGUGACUGCUACAUGUUGCUAAAAAUAUGAAAGAUGUUUUUUUUGUAUAAUAAAUCCUUGCACAGUAUUAAUGUGUGUUAUUAACCAGUUCAGAGAUUAAAUAUGUUUGUUUUAAGACAAUGGUUUCUUGUAGUGAUGUGUCCUCCCGUGUCGAGGCUUCGAAGCGUGUGUCGAGUAAUCCAGGAUGAAUUUUGUGAAGCGAGUAUUGAGGCGUGUGUCGAUGACGUAUGUGAUGACAUUUGAAGCCUCGCGAAUCGGCCGAACCACGUGACUGAUUCAGGAAAUGGUUUGCGGGUUUGGUGUGCGAUUCAAAAUAUAAGGGGCCGCGAAACGCAAUGGAUUCCCCCUCACACUACUAGUCCUGGGACUUUAUUGUGCAUUUGCUUGCAAUAUAUUAUAGAAUAUUCGGGGGGAAAAAAUAAUUUAUUUCUUAACUUGUAUAAACUUGAAGUAUCUUUUCUUGUACCCCAGCUUCAUCUGUGCCCUGUGAAAGGAUCGUUUCUAAAGCAGGCUAAAUUAUUUCUAAAAAAGGAAACCUCCUGAAACCCAGCACUGUUGAGAACUGUUGUUUUUUAAUCAAAAUAAAUAAUCUAUUAUCCAU